AAAAUAUAUAUAGAGUAUCAUAUGCAAUAGAAGCCAAUUGACAAUGGAUUUUAUCAAAACAAGGUUUGUGUUAUUGAUAAUGGUAAAUGAUUAAAUAAAUUGUAAGGUACUGGAUUUACAAAGAUGGGUUGGGCUGGAAAUACAGAACCUUAAUUCGAUAUUCCAACAGUAGUGGCAGAUCAUUAAGAGAAAGUAAUGAGAUAUAUUGAUAUUAGUAAAAAGUUCAAAUAAGCAAGAAUACAAAUGAUAACUUGGAUUAUUAUAUAGGAUAUGAAGCAUAUGACUAUACUAAGAGUCAUAAUAUAUUUUAUCCAAUGAAAAGUGGAAUAAUAGAAAAUUGGGAUUUAAUGGAGAAGUUUUGGCAUAGAAGCAUAUUUGAUUAUUUAAGAGCUGAGCCAGAUGAAACAACAUUUAUUUUAACUGAACCACCAAUGGUAAAUAUGAAAAAAUGAAAUAUAGAAUCCUCCUGAAAAUAGAGAGAAUAUUGCAGAGAUAUUCUUUGAAACAUUCAAUGCUAAAGGAUUACAUAUAUCAGUUUAAGCUGUUUUAUCACUUUUCUCUAGUGCAUUUGCUCCUGUAAAUGAAUAUUAAAAAACAGCAGGAUUAACUGGAAUGGUUUUAGAUUCAGGAGAUGGUGUUACACAUUGUAUUCCUGUUUCUGAUGGUUAUGUAAUUGGAUCAUGCAUUAAACAUAUACCUUUAGCUGGUAGAGAUAUUACUUAAUUUGUUUAAAAUCUAUUAAAAGAAAGAGGAGAAAAUAUACCAGCUGAAGAUAUUAAAAAAGUAGCUAGAGAAAUUAAAGAAAAAUAUGGAUAUUGUAUUAGUGAUGGAAAUCUUAUUAAAGAAUUAGAAGCUUAUGAUAGAGGAGAAAAAAAUAAAUUUAAAACUUAUUAUGGAAAGAAUUCUAUUACUAAAGAAAAAUAUACUAUUGAUGUUGGUUAUGAAAGAUUUCUUGGACCUGAAAUGUUUUUCCAUCCUGAAUUUCUUGAUGGAAAAUGGAGAUCACCUAUUGAUGAAGUUAUUGAUAAAUCUAUUCAAAGUUCACCUGUUGAUUGCAGAAAAAAAUUAUAUUAAAAUAUUAUAUUAUCAGGUGGAUCAACAUUAUUUUAAGGUUUUGCUGAAAGAUUAGAAUAAUAAGUCUAACUUAGAAUAGAUUCUAGACUAUUAAAAUAUGAAUAAAGAUCUGGAUUUAAAGUAUUAUCUUUCAAAUUAAAUUUAAGCCUGCAUCUAUCAAAGUUAAUGUUUCUUAAAAUCCUUUCUAAAGAUUUGCUGUUUGGUAAGGAGGAAGUUUGAUGGCAUGCUAAGUAUUUAUAAUUAUUAUUUAUUCUAGCCAUAAUUUGAAAAAGUAUAUCACACUAGAUAAGAGUAUUAAGAAAGAGGACCAUCCAUUGCCAGAUAUAAUGCUGUAUUUUAACCAUAAUAUUGAAUCAAAUAUUCAUAUUAAAAAAGAAAUAUUG